ACAACUAUCAAUUAACGGGGAAGGCCCUCGCUAUUCGUCGGUCUUCAUCUCUUAGAACUAUCUAGAAGAAAAAUAAUAUUUGCAAAAGUAGCACGCACACGACGUAUCAAGCCUUCUCUGGAUCGGGUAAUCUCCUUUUGCUGGAUUAUUACCAACCAUACAGAGAGCACCAAAGUUUUCAGCUGGAGUCACCGCAAGGAGCCUUAUUUCUCUCAAUUCCGAGCUGAAAGGGUAGCCAUUUAACAUGGACUGCGAAGAAGAGGAGGUCGCCGCCGGCUCAGAACUUUAUGUCGAUGGGGAUAUGGAGAUAUUCGUGAAGACGUUAACCGGCAAAAUUAUGACCUUUGAGGUGGAUGGCUCUGUCAAAGUCUUGGAUGUGGCAGUCGCGAUAGAGGAGGCAGACGGCAUCCCAAUAGACCAGGUAAGGCUUAUCUUCCGUGGCCGGCAAAUGAGAGAGGAGAAAACUUUGGCAGAAUGCGGUGUUGAGGACAGGUCCCUCAUCCACCUCAUCCUCCGCUUUCGCGGUGGCGGCGGCUGCCACAUAGAGCAUCGUAAAAUAUUAUCAAGGAAAAAGAUCAAGAUGACUGAUCAGCCUUCAAUCAUUUGGGAGAAAAAUUAUGAUAUAACACUUCUUGAUUUGAUGGUCAAGCAUACUCUUAAUGGUGGCAAAAAGGGACAAGACUUUAAAGAAAAUGUUUGGCAUGACAUUAUGGCAAAGUUUAUAAAAGCAACUGGUUUGAGAUGCAAUAUUAAUGAUUUGGAAAAGCGUCUAAAAUUUUACAAGAACGAAUAUCAAAUAGUGAGCAAUCUGAGGAAGCAUCCGAAGUUUAGCUGGGAUGAUAAAACUCAUUUAGUAAUUGCUACCGAUGCUGAAUGGAAUGAAUAUAUUAUGGAAAAUCGUGGAGCCAAACUAUAUCGAAAGAGACAGAUAUCUUAUUUUGAUCAGCUGGAAAUUAUUUGUUCUUCAUGAUGAACUCUUAUUAACUCUGAAUCAUUUAAUAUUGACUAGAAUAAAGAAAUUGUAAUCAUUCGAGAUGAAUUGCAAUAAUUUCGCUUAUUUAUGCAUCAAAAAGAUUGUACCAACAAUAUAAUAUUAUCAAUAAUUUGAAACAAUUGAGUCAUUUUUCAUCGGUUCAAGUA